CAUUAAUAUUUCCCGCGCUUCGCGCAAUUUUUGUUUGACCGGUCAACAUUGUGUAAAUAUUUUAUUUUUAAAUUAAAUAAAGUACGAAAAUGGGUAUUCUAGGUUUAUCUAAAUUAAUAGCCGAUAUUGCCCCUCAAGCCGUUAAAGAAUGUGACAUCAAAAACUACUUCGGCCGUAAAAUAGCCAUCGAUGCGUCUAUGAGCCUUUACCAGUUCCUCAUUGCUGUCAGGUCUGAAGGUAACCAGCUAACAACAGUCAAUGGAGAGCCAACAUCACAUCUUAUGGGUACCUUCUACCGCACAAUCAGGCUCGUGGAGAAUGGCAUCAAGCCUGUCUAUGUGUUUGACGGGAAACCCCCCGAGAUGAAGUCCCACCAGCUGGACAAGCGAGCUGAGAGGCGAGAGGAAGCUGAAAAAGAGCUCCAGAAAGCUACAGAAGCUGGUGACCAAGCAUCCAUAGACAAGUUCAACCGGCGCCUGGUGAAGGUGACGCGCCAGCAUGGGGAGGAGGCGCGCGAGCUGCUGCGGCUCAUGGGAGUGCCCACCGUGGAGGCUCCAUGCGAGGCUGAGGCGCAGUGUGCUGAGCUGGUAAAAGCCGGCAAGGUCUUCGCUGUAGCCACAGAGGACAUGGACGCCCUGACCUUCGGCUCCACCGUGCUGCUCCGACACCUGACGUUCAGCGAGGCGCGCAAGAUGCCCGUGCAGGAGUUCCAUCUGGACCAGGUGCUGGACGGACUGGGACUGAAGCAGGAAGAGUUCAUAGACCUAUGCAUCCUGCUGGGCUGCGACUACUGCGGCUCCAUCCGCGGCGUGGGGCCCAAGCGCGCCAUCGACCUCAUCCGGCAACACCGCUCGCUCGAGCAGGUGCUGAAAAACAUCGACACGGCCAAGUACCAGCCGCCCGAAGACUGGAGCUACCAGGACGCGCGCCGACUGUUCCUCACGCCGGAGGUGGCCAAGGCUGAUGAUGUGCAGUUGAAAUGGUCAGACCCCGACGAGGAAGGCCUAGUGAAGUUCCUCUGCGGAGACCGUCAGUUCAGCGAGGAGCGCGUGCGCAACGGAGCCAAGAAACUGAUGAAGGCGCGCAGCGGCACCACGCAGGGACGACUCGACGGCUUCUUUAAGGUAACAACGACACCCAACCCCAAACGCAAGGCUGAUGAUGAUAAGAAAAAUGCAGCCAAUAAGAAAGCGAAAUCAGGCGGUGGUGGUAGAGGAAGGAAACCCAAAUGAAUCUCGUCUUUAUAGAU